UGAUGUCACCGGGGGGCGUGUCUUAGGGCGGAAGUGCAGGUGGAUCAUUGAGCUGCGCUCGUAGAAUGUUGAGUGUCAAUUUUACACAAUAACAGACAGACAUCAAACAUGGCCCUCAACAGCAAUCAUUCUGAAUCAGGAGGUGUUAUCAUCAACAACAGCGAAAGUGUCUUGAUGUCAUAUGAGAAUGUGGAGCUGGUGUUCAGUGACACAGAACACUUGCCAGAACCCUUCAGAAAAAGCAAGAAGGGAAGCGUCUACCUGACACCUUAUAGGAUGAUCUUCGUGACUAAAGGGAAGGACCCGCUGCAGUCUUUCAUGAUGCCAUUUUAUCUUAUAAAGGGCUGUGAGGUGAAACAGCCAGUACUUGGCGCAAACUACAUCAAAGGCACAAUCAGCGCCGAGCCUGGAGGUGGCUGGGAAGGUUCUGCAACCUUCAAGUUGAUCUUUACUGCUGGAGGAGCGAUUGAGUUUGGACAGUACAUGCUACAGGUGGCAGCACAGGCAUCCAGAGGGCAACCAGUGACUGGAAAUUUCGGCUGUCCUUACAUGGCGAAUGGGGCGUAUGCCUACCCUCCACCUCCUCCUACUAACGGCAUGUAUUCCGGACCUCCUCCUCCUGGAUAUGUCUAUCCUGGACCUCCACCUCCAGGUGGGUCCUGGUUUGAUGGACCAGCGGCCUACAUGCCGCCUCCCCCAUAUACAGCUCCAAUGGACCAAGCUCCUCUCGACCCAGACCUGCCCAGAACCCCUGCAGCGGAGGCAAAAGCAGCCGAAGCUGCAGCAAGUUCCACUGCGACUACUUUUGCUCCGAUGCGGGUCUACCUGCCGGAGGACAAACCUCCACCCUACUCCCCACCCGAUGACAAGAAGAACCAGUAGACGUAUCUGCAGCGAGCGCACAUCCUCUCCUUUCUCUCCGUACCCUUCAUUUCAUCCUCUCACCGUCUCCCGCCACAGUUAACGCCCACUUGAACAGACUCCCCAUGAAGCUGCACGCAGUAACUGGGGGCUCCAGUAGGGGGCGGAGUGCUCUGCAUUAAUCUGACCUGGCCUAUGUAGAGGGACGAGAGAGACACAACUUUAAUGGAUUCAUAACUCGUGAAUGAGAGGGACCUACUGUUAAGAUUUCCAGCCGUAAAGAAAAUCCGACAGUAAAUGAUUGAGCUUUUCUAAAUUUAUUUAUGACUGAUUUUGUAUAGAUUGAUAGAAUGAGAAUGAUUAAAGUAUUUUGCUAGUUGCACAAGAGUUCAGGACAAGGCCCAAAAACACUUGGGCGUUCACAUUAACAACGCUUUCUGUCAUCGUUCAUGCCCGGCUGAUGCAUCCAACUAUAUUAGAUGCAAGAUCACAUGAGCUUCACUGGUUGUUGCUGCUCACUUGUUAAACAAAUACUCAAGCAGUCGUCUCAAAUGCCUUUAAAAAUGAAACACUUCCGGUCAUUUAUUCGCUGCAAAUCAACGUGAACGCCCCUCUACUGCGCAUUCUGUCAAAUGCAUCGCUUGACUAAAACUUUUAUUGUGCUGCGAGUUCCAUUUUGGAUUCUUUUGGAAUCAUUUACUGACCAUAGUGUGUCUAAAAUCACCUUCACAAACAUUACAUGUUGUUCACUGCACCGUAUACUCUGAUGAAGCUCGUUUCAGACCGUGUUUUCUGCAGCAGUGUGUACCUGUCUUGGCGUCUCUCUGUAGCAUGCAGCAGUUUGACUUAAGAUGCACUUUAACCCUUCAUGCACCUUCAGUCUCCUGGACAGCGUUUAUUGAUUCAUCUUUUCCCUAAUUUAUUUAAUUAUACAAUUAACGCAUAGUCUUGACUGUAUUGUUAUUUGAAGUGUAUUUUAUUAAAGUAAACAUGUAUACAAGUGGAA